AUGUCGAAACACGACCGAGUGAAAUCGGGUGGCUUUUUGGAUACGUUGCUCGGCCGACCACACAAGAAGGUCGGUCGGCACGGAGGGAGUGGCAGCGUGUACGGGAAUGGCACGAGUGGUUCCAGCAGCGGAGGCGUUGGUGGGCACGGGAGCGGUUACGGCAGCUUCAACGGUGGCCGUCCGCUUUCCGGACCCGAGGCCGAUCUGGUGUCGAUGAUCGAGCAAAGCGACACGCACCGUCUCAGCGAGCCCGAAGUCAACAAGCUGUUCCUCGAAAUCCUCGAGGACAUGAACAUUCCCAAGGAGAAGCGCGAUCCGCUGUUAAGCAAACCGCUCGAGGAGAAACGCAAGAUGAUCGACAUGCACAUGAAAGGUAAAUCCUCUUCGGAACGGGCCAACUCACGGUUUGAAAAACCCUCCGAUUAUGUGCAGUACCUGCACGAGGGUGACUAUUUGAACCGAUCGUCCAAGAUGCUAGCUUGUCUGGAAAGUCUCCGGGUGGCACUGACCAGUAAUCCCAUCAGCUGGAUCAAGGACUUCGGUGAGGAUGGUGUCAACGAAAUCGUCACAUUGCUGCGGUACUGCAAAUCCGUGCCUCGGCGUCUUCCGAAGAUCGAGUACGAGUGCCUGAGGUGCCUGAAAGCGAUCAUGAACAACUCCUGGGGAUUGAAUGUGAUCCUGUCACCGGAUCAACAUGCGGCUGUCCUGCUGUUGGCGCAAUGCAUAGACGCCAGCAAUCCGCAGGUGAUGUGUGAAGCACUUAAACAACUGUCGGUGUUGUGUUUGAUCAAGGAACGCAAUGGCUACGAGAAGGUUCUGCGAGCGAUCACAAAUGUAACCUCAAUGAUGCGACCCGGUACGGAGCGAUUCCGGCCGAUUGUGGACGGGUUGUUCGCGGAGAAGGACCGCAACCUCGAGUUGACGUGCGGCACGUUGAUCUUCAUCAACUGCGUGAUCAACACGCCGCAGGAACUCAACUUCCGGUUGCACCUGCGAAGUGAGAUGAUGCGCGCCGGGUUGUACGACAAGCUCGACCAGCUGUCGGAGAUGUCGGAGAAGAGCGGGUACGAGCAUCUGGCGAAUCACUUUAAAAUCUUCAACUGCUACCGGGAAGAUGACUUCGAGGAGUUCAGCAACCGGUUCGACAACGUGCGGCUCGAGCUCGACGACAUGAACGAUUGCUUUGAUUUGCUGAAGAAUCUGGUUGCGGACACGAGCUGUGAACCGUACUUCCUGUCGAUCCUGCAGCACCUGCUGUUCAUCCGGGAUGAUCACCUGCAUCGGCCGGCGUACUUUAAGCUGAUCGAGGAGUGCGUUUCGCAGAUUGUGCUGCACAAGAGCGGGUACGAUCCGAAUUUUGAGAGUCGCGAUUUUCACAUCGACACCAGCACGCUGCUGGACGAUAUGGCGGAGAAGACGAAGCAGAUGGAGAGCAAGAAGUCGGAGGACUUUGAGAAGCGGAUGACCGAGCUGCAGACUGCUCGGCAGGAAGCGGAAGCUCGGGCGGCCGCCCUCGAGGACCGUCUGAAGGAGAUCGAAGCGUCCGGUGUCGUGUCGCCAAAGGGCAAAAGUAAACUACCUCAAAUUAACAUUCCACCGCCACCACCUGGACUUAUGUCCGGAGGUGGUAUCCCACCUCCACCGCCCUGCCCGGGUGCCAUUCCGGUCAUGGUGACCGGAGGUCCACCACCGCCACCUCCACCACCCUUCCCGGGUGGAGCGCCACCACCACCUCCGAUGCCUGGAAUGGGACCUCCGCCUCCACCGCCGAUGAUGAUGAUGGGAGGCAUUCCUCGGCCACCCGGAAUGCCACCACCGUUCCCGAACGCUGUCGCAAAACCUCUGCCAUAUGGUUUGAAACCGAAGAAGAAGUGGGACACGGAUGGUCCGAUGAAGCGCGCUAACUGGAACGCGUUGGACGCGAAAAACCUUUCGGAGAACUCGUUCUGGGUGCAAGUGCAAGAGGAGAAGCUUGCGGAUAACGAUAUGUUUGCGCGGCUUGCGCUUAAAUUCUCCUCCCGGCCCGUUAAACCCAUCGACAAGGACGCACAAGAUCGGCCACAAUCGUCCAAGAAGAACUACGACCUGCGUGUGCUGGAUGCGAAGGCUGCGCAGAACCUGUCCAUCCUGUUGGGCGGUUCGCUGAAGCACUUGUCUCAUGAACAGAUCCGCACCUGCCUGUUGCGAUGUGACACGUCCGUGUUGAGUCCGAGCGUGCUGCAUCAGCUCAUCCAGUAUCUACCACCUCCCGACCAGUUGAAACGGCUGCAAGAGAUUCGUGCGCGCGGUGAGGACCUAGCAGGAGCGGAACGGUUUGCGGCCACGAUCGGUGACAUAAAGCGGCUAGGAGCGCGGUUGCAGAGCCUCAGCUUCAAGAUCGAUCUACCCGAUAUGAUGCAAGACUGCAAGCCGGAUAUCGUAGCCGGUACGGCGGCCUGCGAGGAGGUGAAGACGAGCAAGAAGUUCGCCAAGGUGCUCGAGCUGAUACUGCUGCUCGGGAACUACAUGAACUCGGGCUCGAAGAAGGACCCCGCAUUUGGAUUCGAGAUGAGCUUCCUGCCCAAACUGUCCAACACGAAGGACUACGAGAACAAGCAAACGUUGUUGCACUACCUUGCAGAGGUGAUCGAGACGAAGUUCCCGGAGGUGCUUAACUUCUACGAGGACCUGUCGCAAGUGGACAAAGCGUCUCGGGUCAGUCUCGACACCAUCCAGAAGACAAUGCGCCAGAUGACCAACUCACUGAAGAACCUCGAGUCGGACCUGAACAACAACAAGGUGCCCCAGAGCGAGGACGAUCGCUUCCUUGAGGUGAUGGGCCAGUUCGCGGUCGAGUGCCGAGCGCAGGUGGAACUGCUGGGACGGAUGCUGACGCAGAUGGAGUCCCUGUUCACCAGCCUGUCCGAGUACUAUUGCUUUGAUCCGGCCAAGUACACGAUGGAGGAGUUCUUCACCGACAUCAAGACGUUUAAGGAUGCGUUUGUGCAGGCGCACGCCGACAACGUGCGGUUGCGCGAGGAAGAGGAAAAGAAACUCCGCGCACAGGAGGCGAAGGAGCGCGCCCAGCGUGAACUGCACGAGCGGCAGCAGCGCAAGGUGGAGCUGGUCAACAUUGAUGCCGUGCAAACGCAGGAAGGUGUGAUGGACAGUCUGCUCGAGGCGCUGCAGACAGGCUCGGCGUUUGGUAACCGUGAACAGCGUAGACGUCGAGGACCUCGACCGGCCGGUGCUGAACGGCGCGCACAGCUCAACCGGAGCCGAUCGCGAACGGGCAUCACGGCCAAUGCGUUCUCCAGCCGGGAAAUGCUGUCGGAACUGCUCGGACCGGCGUAGUGUCGUUUUGUACCUCACAUCUGUGAUGGGGACUUAUCACUUUUAGUGUCGCUCGAUUAAGACUAAGUCACAGGCAGGCA